GAUGGAGUUCCUCCUGGGGAACCCGUUCAGCACCCCGGUGGGGCAGUGCCUCGAAAAGGCAACAGAUGGCUCCCUGCAAAGUGAGGAUUGGACAUUGAAUAUGGAGAUCUGUGACAUCAUCAAUGAGACGGAGGAAGGGCCAAAGGAUGCCAUUCGAGCCCUGAAGAAGCGGCUCAAUGGGAAUCGGAACUACAGAGAGGUGAUGCUGGCAUUAACCGUGCUGGAGACAUGUGUGAAGAACUGUGGCCACCGCUUCCACAUCCUUGUGGCCAACCGAGAUUUCAUCGACAGUGUUCUGGUCAAAAUUAUCUCUCCCAAGAACAACCCUCCCACCAUUGUACAGGACAAAGUGCUUGCUCUGAUCCAGGCAUGGGCUGAUGCCUUUCGAAGCAGUCCUGAUCUCACCGGCGUUGUGCACAUAUAUGAGGAGCUGAAGAGGAAAGGGGUUGAAUUUCCCAUGGCAGACUUGGACGCUCUGUCUCCCAUACACACACCACAGCGGAGUGUCCCUGAAGUGGAUCCAGCCGCGACCAUGCCCAGGUCCCAGUCACAGCAGAGGACAAGUGCUGGUUCCUAUUCCUCGCCGCCUCCUGCUCCCUACUCCGCACCGCAGGCCCCGGCUCUGAGUGUGACUGGCCCCAUCACAGCCAAUUCAGAACAGAUUGCCAGGCUGCGGAGUGAACUGGACGUCGUCCGAGGAAACACAAAAGUCAUGUCUGAGAUGUUAACAGAAAUGGUCCCUGGACAGGAGGAUUCAUCUGAUCUGGAGUUGCUACAGGAGCUGAACAGGACCUGCCGGGCCAUGCAGCAGCGCAUCGUGGAGCUCAUCUCCCGCGUGUCCAACGAGGAGGUCACCGAGGAGCUGCUGCAUGUGAACGACGACCUCAACAAUGUCUUCCUUCGAUAUGAGAGGUUCGAACGAUACAGGUCUGGCCGAUCGGUUCAAAAUGCCAGUAAUGGAGUACUGAACGAAGUGACUGAAGACAACUUAAUAGACCUGGGGCCAGGGUCUCCAGCCGUGGUGAGCCCGAUGGUGGGGAACACAGCGCCCCCAUCUUCCCUCUCCUCCCAGCUUGCAGGCUUGGACUUGGGGACAGAGAGCGUCAGUGGUACCCUCAGUUCACUCCAGCAAUGUAAUCCCCGUGACAGCUUUGACAUGUUUGCCCAGACAAGAGGAAACUCCUUGGCUGAGCAGCGCAAGACGGUAACCUAUGAGGAUCCUCAGGCUGUCGGAGGACUUGCUUCUGCCCUAGACAGUCGAAAACAGAGCUCAGAAGGGAUCCCCGUUGCGCAGCCCUCUGUCAUGGACGACAUUGAGGUGUGGCUCAGGACCGACCUGAAGGGCGAUGACCUGGAGGAGGGUGUCACAAGUGAAGAGUUUGAUAAAUUCCUUGAAGAAAGAGCCAAAGCGGCUGAAAUGGUUCCUGACCUCCCCUCGCCCCCCAUGGAGGCUCCUGCCCCAGCCUCAAACCCUUCUGGCCGGAAGAAGCCAGAGCGGUCAGAGGAUGCCCUCUUCGCCCUGUGAGCGGCUCUGUGGUUUGCCUCCCCAGAUGGCGGGUCCCCACUCACACCCCAUGGACACCAGGCACUGGCCACUCCUACAUCCCCAGCUCCACACGGCCUGCACACCUGUGUCUCCAUGGAAAUGCCACCGUGUCUGCUCCCAGGCCUCCCACUAGUCAGGACCAGCUUUAGCCACCUUCUUUUCUGAGUGGUGGGGCAGCUGCAGCCAGAGACUCCUUUCCCUCCCACCACGGGCCCCUCUGCCCAUGUUUCCUCCAAGGAAGAGUGGGCAGAGUGGCCCAGCCCCAGGCAGCACUUCCUGAGCAGACCACCCGGACUGUCUUUCCUCCACCCACCCACGGAGAAGGAGCAGGCCUGGCCCUGCCCUGUGCUCACCUCUGCCUGGCUCAGCAACCUUCUCAGGCAUUCUGCCCACCUGGGCACCUCUCUCCCCGAAGGGGCUUUGCGGCAUCUCUGGAAGAGCAGGGUGCGCUGCACCCACCUGGGGCCUGGUCUCCCUCCUUGGACUUGUCACUUUGUGACGUUUGGCUUAUCGGCAUUUGAGAAGGCUCUGCUGGGUGUCCAUGGGGGGUCUCUCACCUUCUUGACCCUCUCUCCAUCACUCAGCUGCCAGCGCAGGCUUCACACCCAAGCUGGCUCAGUAGCCGAGCCUGGAACCAAGGGGCCCUGUAGGCUCCCAGGGCAGGGAGAGGGCCAAGGACAAUUGGGAGGGCAGCAGGCAGCCCGCAGAUGGUGGCCAUGUGGCACGCUGCUGAGACAACACUACCAGUAAACCAAACUGCCAUGCACACACUGCAGGCUCACACCCACACACCUGGCCCUGGCUUGUGGAGGGGCUUGCAUUGGAGGCAUUGCUCUGGCUUGCCUGGGGAAGUGUCGCAGGUGUGCACAUGGGCCACACUCAAGGCUGUGGCCUGGCCUAUCGUAGCCUCGCACCUCUGCCUCCAGAGCCAGCAGUAAACAGCUUUGCGGCACGCUUGGAGGUUCCCAAUGACUGAGAGGCCUGAGCAGCACUAAGGCCCCUGCACUGCUCCCUGGCAUCGGCCUUGGCCUGCUUGCACAGACUGUCCUGACAGCCUGGCCUCCUCCCACCUCAGAGGUCCUCUGGCCACCAAUUUAUACUGUCUCCCCAAGCUGAUCCUGAAGGCAGGCAGAGCAGCUAGGGGCUGGUAACAUAUACUCCCAUCCCGUGUCCUCACUGGUGUGUCUCCUGGCCAUGGGCAUGGGACUCAUGGGUUAUCCCAGGUGCUGGUCCAGCCAGACACCUCCCCCACACCUCUCACCAAGCUGCUAUUGCUCAGAAGAAGGAGAAUGCUGCAGCUGUGCACACCCCCGUGCGUCUUGGGCCCAGCUCACUGGGUCAGUCUGUUCCUGUCCCCUCCAGCAUGCACUGCCUAAGUCAGCACAGGUUCCUGACCCAUGGUGUAGUUAGCCCUUCCCACCUGGCAGGAUGGCCCAGACCACCAGCCAAGCAGGGAAAGGGGGCUAUGCUUGACAGGAGAAGAGACCAGUGACACAGUCUUUGGGGAGCAUUCAGGAUGGUGACUUCAGCUGGGAGCCAUGCUGAGCACCAACAGGAACUGUUUAGUGAAGAGCAAGUGCUGCCCGACCCAGGACCCCAUGCCAGGCCAGCAGCCCUCCAGCUUCCUCCAGAUAGGAGACCUCGGUCUGGCUGAGGGUGGGACUAGCAGGGAUGUCACACUCCAGUUCCUCAGGUUUACCCAGGAAGCUCCUCCAUGGAGCCUGGCCAGCCUGAUUCUAGCCCCUGCCUCUCUC